AUGGCCUCCUUAUCAAAAGCCUCUGUACCAUAUACCCCAUCUGGUGUCCAUUUCCACUCCUCCCUUCCCUCCCAUCUCGCCACAGAGCUCGCAUUCCUUCACACUUUCAUCCGCCGAGCAGCAGCUCAACAUCGGACCCAGCUCUUUUUGCAGCGGAUGGAAGGGACACUGAGGAUGGGAAAGAUUCUACUAGUGUAUUUGAAGGGGUGCGGCGAGAAGAGGGAAGGUCAAAUCGAAGACAAGUGGAAACAUCGCGGAAUGUGUCUUGUGCGCAAGAUGAUCAAAUCGCUUUACGAUGCCGAAUUUAUUGUCUCCCAGAUCGUCGAACUUCAUCACUUUCUACCCCUACAGACGGCCGCCUUGUCAAUCUACGCUCGUAUCUUCACAGUGACUCUCAACCUGGCCGGCGCGCUGGGGAUGGAUCUCGAGGGCCUUAUCUCCAGCGCGGGAUCUGGGAAGCGUACAAAGUCAAAGAAGACCAGACCAGACCUUCCAGAAGAUACGCCAAACGGUGCUGCGGGAGGCAAAUCGAAUGCUGGCAAAGUUGAAGGGCGGUCACUGGACUUUGAGAUCGGCGAGAAGAUCGAACGCUCCUCCGUUCCUCUUGCCGCCGUCAAAGACUUGAGAAAAGCCGCCAACUCUCAAUUAGAUCAACUUUCAUCUGUACGCUCUCCAGCGCCGGCUCCUGUAAUCAAUUCGUCGUCAACGCCGACAAGAGCACAAUCCUCUCAAUCGCCUUCGCCCAUCCCAAGCCCCGAGUCCCCAGAAUCUUGUCCUGAACCAGAGAUGGCAUUGACUCCUAUGGAGGUCGAUAUAAACGACCUUCCUGCCGGAUCUCUACUGCAGCCAAAGAAGAAGAAGAAGAGGGUGAAUGACGAGGCGGCGGCGCCAGGUGUCGUUGCCCCAUCGAAGAAGCAACGCUCUAAGGCUUCAGAGGAUCAUGUCACCGGUACGCCUCCGUUGUCCGUGCCUACAGUCACCAAUGUCUCUUCGGAGAGUACCGUCGAAGCGCCCAAGAAGAAGAAGAAGCGUGUUGACGAGGAAGGCGCAAGCAGUGCCAAGACAAAGGUCAAGAAGAAGAAGAAGAAGGAUGCGAUGGAUGACAUCUUUGGCUUCUGA